AUGGAUGUAGAAGCGAAAAGAAAAUUCUCACCUUCUAUUGUUGACAUCCUGCCGCCAGAUGUGUUGGCGAACAUUCUAAGUUGCGUUGCUAGGUCAUCUCCUGCUGAUUUAUUUCGGCGCAAAUUAAGUUGUAAAACCCUACGAUUGAUAGCCGAAGAAAAGGGGGUCGUUCAACAAAUUCACCUCCCCUGGGUUAAAGCACGGAUGUCAGGUAUAAGCCGAAAUAAGGCGAAUAGGUUCUGGAAAAAGUGCGUGCAGAAUGAACAUCCCGAAGCUCUGCUUGAGUAUGGAUUAUUGGUCAACGAUGGACUGACGACGUUGGUAAGAGCAACUGAGUUGCACAAUUCGAUGGCAGACUAUGUACUAAGCCUCAUAUACAUAUACACUGGACAAGAAGAAAGUGGUGUAAGCCUUUUGGAGAAGACUAUCAACCGCAUCGGAUCUGGAGGGAUAGUCUAG